AUGAUGGCGGCGGGAGUAUUGCGUGUGUCCUUGACCCUGGCUGGCCUUUUCAGUUGCUGCCUAUCAUCGCACGUGCCAACCAGUGUUGACCUCGUUUCUAACCUAAUCAAGAUAUGUGUAGAUACAGCUAUCGAACAAGUCAACUCAGAAAGGAUGGGCAAGCCUGGUGGUCACUCGGCUGGACACAAACAACAUCACGGACAUCACUCUCAAACGAUGAAUUCACCGGACAACAAUGCCCAUAACGGACACUCAAAAGGUCACAUGGAUCAUACAGAAGGCGGACACUCGCAUGAGCACGUGCGCAUCCUCGACAGAAAUGCUCGGAUCAUUAGACAAGUGCAGGAAAAUUUCAAAAAACUGACAGGUGCAUGGCCAGAAGCCAUUAUGAAGGACGAAAUGUUGAUGAAGGAAUGGCGGAAGCACGUGACACCACAUUGUGAAUUUAUGGCGCAAAGUAUUACGUGCGAGAGCUCGUCGCGAUACAGGACCGCGGACGGAACAUGCAACAACGUUGAUCAUCCAUUUUGGGCUAGUACAAUGAUGCCACAGACAAGGUUUCUACCUCCUCAGUACGAAGAUGAAAUUAACGCACCGAGGACCAAAUCGAUCAACGGGAGACAACUCCCGAGUACCAGACUUAUCAGUAAUGUUGUCCAUAGUAACACAGGCCAGAGCUCAGUAUACAGUAAAAAGAGCACCAAUAUGUUCAUGGCGUAUGGCCAGUUUCUUGACCAUGAUAUACUACACACACCAGUCCUGAAAGAUGAUAAAGGAAAGGAUAUGAAGUGUUGUCCACUAGGAAAUAAGGAUGAUCAUUGUUUCCCGAUCCCAGUGCCCCUGGAUGACCCCAUGUUUAGGGGAUGGUGCAUGAGUUUCGUGAGAUCGUCGGCGACGCCCUUUCUUAACUGUGAUCCAGGACAUAGAGAACAACUUAACCAUCCUACAUCAUAUAUCGAUGGUUCCACCAUCUACGGAUCCAACAAAGUUCACCAGGACGAACUGAGACUUCACCAUAAUGGCCGUAUUAAGCUGACCCCAUCUGGACAUCUGCACAGCGCACCUGAGGACGAGUGUAUCUUAUCCUCACCUGGACAUCACUGCUUCCAAUCAGGUGAUGGACGCCGCCACGUGACACCGACUCUGACAUGUCUGCAUUUGCUGUUUGUAAAAGAACACAACAAGGUGGCGGACGGAUUGCGAGCACUGAAUCCAAAUUGGGACGACGAACAUUUGUUUCAGGAAGCCAAACGAAUCGUCGCUGCAGAACUCCAACACAUAACAUUUUCUGAAUAUCUUCCAAUUGUCUUAGGCAAGGAACAAAUGGAACGUUAUGGUCUCUUCCCGACAGCGCAUGGUUACAACAACGUGUACGACUCAACUGUAGAUGCCUCGACUUCAAAUGCUUUUGGUGCUGCAGCGUUCCGAUUCGGACAUUCAGAAGUUCCGGGAGUUUUAGCAAUGAUGGCAAGAAAUUACAGCCUUAUUAAAGCUAUUCCGCUUCAUACACAAUUCAACAGACCAGAUCUGAUGUUUGAUGAGGACGGAGAUGAAAACAUGAUGCGAUGGAUGGCGAAUUCCUACCAUGACCGGAAUGAUCGACGUUUGCAGGAUAGUGUCAGGAAUUUUCUAUUCUUGAAGGAUGAUGGAGAGAGUUUUGAUCUCGCAGCUAUUAAUAUUCAAAGGGGGCGUGACCAUGGACUUGCACCCUAUAACACGUGGCGGAAGUGGUGUGGUCUGCAGACUGCCAUUCAUUUCGGGGAUGGCUUUGGGAGACUAGUGGAUCAUGAUCAAGCUACCAGAAAGCUAUUGUCCACAGUAUACACUCACCCGGAUGACAUUGAUCUCUAUACAGGAGGUUUGUCAGAGAUUCGUCUACCUGGAGCAGCAGUCGGACCCACAUUUGCUUGUAUUAUAGCCAGACAGUUUAAGAAAUAUCAAAGUGGAGACAGACAUUGGUACGAGACCGAUCACGUGGACACUAGGUUCACCUUGCCUCAACUGAAUGAAAUAAAGAAAACUUCUCUGGCUUCCGUUUUGUGUAAAAAUACCGGGACUCAACUCACACAGCCAUCAGUAUUUUUAGCUACAGACGACUACAGCAACAGAAAGUUAUUAUGUAAUCAGAUUCCUUCAAUUGACCUAUCGUUAUGGCAAGAGCACAGCGAGGCGAAAAUUCCAUUAUUUCAGUCUCCAUUAAGGCCGAGUUCAUUCCUUAAUCCUCUUCAAAGUCCUAAUACACGAGUCUUCAAGGAUGUGUUUAACAAAUUACUACAGAACUUGCGCAGAAGAAUGCUCGUGAAAGUGUGA